CCCCACACAGAGCACCACCACCGGAGCACAGAGAGAGCUCGGGAGAGAGCAGAGCGCCACAGGCCGUCCGAUCCUCCGCGCGAAGCAGAUCAGAUGGCUCUCGCUCUCUCCGGCUCCUCCGCGCUCCGCGCCGCGCUGGCCUCGCUGGCCCCCGCCAGGGGCUACGCGGCGUCGGCGGCGUCCGGGGCCAUGCGGCGCGCGGCGGCCGCGGCGGAGGCCGCCGCCGCGGGGGAGGCCAAGGAGGCCGGGCGCGGCGCCGCCUCCGAGAUCUCCUGGGUCCCCGACCCCGUCACGGGCCACUACCGCCCCGCCAACUGGGCCGCCGCCGCCGACCCCGCCGACCUCCGCGCCGCGCACCUCGCCCGGGCGUGAGCCCCGCGCCCGCCCGCCCCCACCCGUCUGACAUAACAUACCAACAAAGGGGAAGGUGGGGUGGAGGUUCGUCUGGCGUCGUCGUCGGCCGCGCGCGCGAGCGCUCGCUCCGUCACGGCGGCGGGCCGGCAUGGCCGGGAAGUCGUCUCGGUUGGUCGCUGUGGGACGCUCGACGCCGCUGCAUCAUCUCGGCCUCGGCCAAUCGGGAGAUACGGUACAGGGAGGAGCGGAGGAGCGGCCGCUGGUCGCCGUGGCGUGCGUGCGUGCGUGGUGUGGGCUGGACGCCCUGUUCUAGCUUCUCGCUUGUGCUCUCCUACCAGAUUCGGAUAUAUACUACUACGCUGCGGAGAGCGAGCAGGGUUUCGCUGCUGUUCUACGUUUUGUUA